UGCUGGUGAAUCGACACUCGCCUGCUGCUCACUUCAUUCCUCGAUUGUUGGGUUCUUCCAGAGCGAACGAGAGAAUCAGUCGGGCACGAUCGCCGGAGAGGAAGAGAGAAAUGGCGAUGAGAUCGGCGGCGAGCAGGGCGAGCGCGAUCCGGGUCGCCGGGCCGGCGCGUGUCGGAGCAACGCGCCUCUUCAGCGCCGGGAAGGGGAAGAUCCUCGGCGAAGAGGAGCGCGCCGCCGAGAACGUCUUCAUUCAGAAAAUGGAGAGGGAGAGGCUGGAGAAGAUGAAGCAUAAGGCCGAGAAGGAGAAGGCGGAGAAGGAAAAGGAAGCCGCCGAGAAGAAACCUGGAGAGAAGUAGUGACUAAAACUCACUAAUCAGGCAGAUUUGUCUGAAGUCGUCAUGGAUAAUAAACAUAUUGACUCUGGGUGAGAGUUCAUCAAUAUGUAAAUUAUUCCCUUAUGCAGUAAGAAGGGAACCUCUGCUCAUGCAUUUGCUAUGGAACUUCUGAAAGUGUUGUCCAACAAUCUUUCUUGACAUUAAAGACUUUGACAUUUGACCUGAUGGGUCUUUCUGUAGCUCCCCCCCCCCUCCUCCCCUUUCUUCUUCCUUUUUCUUCUUCUGUUGCAUCUGUGGAUUACAUGACUUAAAUCUGCUUUCAAUUUUAAGGCAUUCCCGAUGA